UUGAUGACAGACGAGUAAUGCUUGCUCCUUGAAGAUUGAUGGUAUGAGGCAAGACUCCCGAUUACUACUUAAUCAAGAGGAAUUGAGAUUGACCUAUCCACUAAAUUCAGACACUGUCUUGAAGAGACUUUGGGAACAAGAAGUAUUCAUGCAGAUUUCACUAUCAGACUCACAGGAUGCCAGCCAUUGAUCUUUCCCCUUGUGGUCGUCUUUUUCAAGACUUUUUCUGUCUUCAUAAGGAGAAGUCAGAGGGGGAAAGGAUUGUCACUGGAUGUCUGACAGAUUAUUCUCAGGAUCCAGUGACCUUUGAGGACAUGGCUGUGGAAUUCAGCCAGGAGGAGUGGAUGCUGGAUCAGACUCAGAGAAACCUGUACAGAGAUGUGAUGCUGGAGAACUAUAAGAAUCUGGUUGCAGUAGAUUGGGAGACUUGUCUUAAUACCAAAUGGUCAGCACCUCAGCAGAAUAUUUUCCAGGGGGAAACAUCCCAUGUGGUGGAAAUGAGAAACCACAUUGGAGAGGAAUCAUUUAACUUUAACCAUUGUGAAGAAGCCUUGAGUGAACACUCAUACCUUCAGACUCACAGGAGAACUUACAUUAGAAAGAAAACUUGUGAGCUUAAGUGUGAAAAAGCCUUCACAAAGAACUCUGCCCUUAAUCUACAUAAGAAAAAUAGUGGAGAGAAACCUCCUAAAUGUAAUCAAUGUGAAACAGCCUUCAGGCAAAAUCCACAUCUUAUGGUUCACAAGAAAACUUAUAGUCAAGAGAAAUCCUAUAAAUGCACUGACUCUGGGAAAGGCUUACCUUCUUCCUCACAUCUUAGAGAAUGUAUAAGAAUUCAUGAUGGAGAUAGACCAUAUGCUCUUAAGGAAUGUGGGAAAGUUUAUUCUCCUUCUGUAAGCCUUUUUGUACAUAUGCAAACUCACAAUGGAGAAAAACCCUAUGAAUAUAAAGAAUGUAAGAAAACCUUCACUUGGUCUUCAUAUCUUACUCAAGAUUUAAGAACUCACAGUAGAAUGAUGCCUGUGGAAUAUAAGAAAUUUGAGAAAGCCUUUCCUUAAUCCCCACAUCUUGCUAAACAUAUAAGAUUUCAUACUAGAGAGAAACACUAUGUUUGUAAGAAGUGUGACAGAGAGUUUACUUGUGUCUCAAAACUUAAUAUUCAGAUGCGAGUUCACACUGGAGAAAAACUGUAUGAGUGUAAUAAAUGUGAGGAAGUGUUCACUGAUUCUUCAGGUCUUAUAAAACACAGAACUCACACUGGAGAAAAGCCUUAUGAAUGUAAGGAAUGUGGAAAAGCCUUUGCUAGUUCCUCACACCUUAAUGUAUAUAUGAGAACGCACACUGGCAAGAAGCCUUAUCAAUGUAAGGAAUGUGGAAUCUUUAGUAAUUCAUUUUGCUUUAAAAGUCAUGUGCAAACUCACCCUGGAGUAAAACCCUGUAAUUGUAAGCAGUGUGGGAAAGCCUGUAUUAGAUCCUCAUUUCUUAGUCAACAUGUAAGAAUUCACAGUGUAGAAAGACCUUCUGAAUGUAAGGAAUGUGGGAAAGCAUUUAGAUAUUCCUCACACCUUAGUCAACAUAAAAGAACACAUACUGGAGAGAAGCCAUAUAAAUGUAAAAAAUGUGGGAAAGUCUUCACCAUUUCCUCGGGCCUUACAGUACACAGAAGAACCCACACUGGUGAACCACCUUUUGAAUGUAAGGAAUGUAGGAAAGCCUUUACUCGAUCCACAUAUGUUAUUUGACAUUUAAGAACUCACAGUGGGGAGAAGCCAUAUAUAUGAGGAAUGUGGGAAAACCUUAGUAAUUCCUCAUGCCUUACUGAAUGUAUAAGAAUUCACACUUGAGAGAAGCUUAUACUUGUAAAGAAUGUGGGAAAGCCUUCAGUACUUUCUCACACUUACUGAACAUGUACUAAUUCAUACUGGAGGUAACCUUACUGUAAGGAAUGUGGGAAGCCUUUAGCUCUGCCUUAUACCUUAAUAUUCAGCGGUGAUUUCACAGGUGUGAAAAAUCUUAUGAAUGUAAAAAGUGUAGGAAUUUUUUUAGUUUUUAUCCUCCUCUAUGGGAAAGCAUGAAAGCACACAUUAUGAGAGAUCCCAUGAGUAAAAUGGAUAGAGGAAAGCCUUUGAUUGUUCUUUGUCAUUAGGAAACAUGAUUCACACUAGUGAGAAACUAUAAAUUAGAAAUGUAGGGAA